GGUUUUGGCCCCCCCCAAACCGCUAUAUAAACCCCCCCGCACCGACCCGUCCAAGCUCUCGUUUUCUCUCCACUCUCCACUUUAUUACUGCUAUUCCCAUUCUGCUCCUCUGGAGGCCUUUUUAGGGAAGAAGAUACCAUGGCUUUUCUAAUUCCCAAAAAGCCCCUGCAUUCGUCCUCCUCCGCUUACGACGACAACGGCAAGGACGAGCGCCCUCGGCUGCAGAACUCUGUGACGAGCUGCAUCUACCUGAAGCCGGACGAGGGCGGCGGCGCCGCUGCCGCCCGACGGUCUCUGGACAAGGAGAUGGUGCUCCGCCGCAUCCGCCAGCGGAAGCGCGUCAACCAGAUCCGCGCCGCCAUCCAGUCACUUCUCCGCGCCUCGCCGGACCUCGGCGAGAAGGACGGCGAGCCCCCCUCCAGUUGGUGGCUCGACGACGUCUUCUCCGCCCCAUGAUCCAAGCUCGCCAGAGUAGUUCGACUCCAGCCGGCCGGCCGGCCGCCGCCGGUCGGAGAGUCUUAUGAGCUCGAUCUCGUGCAUUCUUCUGUUUUGUUUUGUACAUAUAACGUAGCGAGAAUUUUCUUUGUUUUUUAUAAUUAAGUGUUGUGGCUUAUAAUUGGAUUCGGUUGUGGUUGGAUGAAAUUCGUCCUAUCGAGUGCGUUGUUUGACAGCUGUCCGUAUCCAACGGCUCUGAUGUGACCACGGGAACGCUGGACUCGUUUAUCGAUUUGUGAUAGCCAGUGCCAUGAGCUUUUAGAUGGCCGGCCUGGUCGGUCGGUAGGGAGAUAUCCUGGAAUAAAUAAACCAUUCAUCCUAA